CCUAGUCGCCACAAUCAAACUCAGUCAGAUUCAGACAAUCAAAGUGUUUGCAAGUACCGCGGAACGAUCGACAAUGAAGUACGCUAAUCUCUGGGCUAGCUGCGCCUGCUUGCUGCUCCUUCAACUAGAGAUGGGAGCAGCCAGAGCCACCGUUAGUAGACCCAGCGAGUCCCUCUACACCAUGGCCCGGGGCAUGGGCUUGGAUGCUGCUGGCCUGGACGAAAUUUGGCAAACCGGAAAGCCAUUGGUGAUCACAAAUCACGGUGAAGCCGGAGAGCAGACUAGGGUGACCUAUGAGCUAAGUCCCGAUCGCACAGCGCUGUCCAUGCACAGGCUCACGGAGAAGUCGUCACCGGCUAGGAUAGAGGCUGGCGCCACCGCGCUCUCCAAGCCCCAAGAAGACUGGGAGUACGUGCCCAAUCCCGUCCAGCGUCCAGCUUUCAGGUUUCCUGAACACAAUUUCAAUUUUGGCAACUCCGAAAAUCACUUUGGCAAUCCCUUUGGCAGUGGAUUCCCCCACUCAACACUCUUCCCCAGCUGGGGCCUUCCCGAGGGGGUAACACCUCGAGUCGAGACCAAAACGGAAGUGGACGACCAGGGACGAAAGGUGACGACAACCACCAGCACCUAUAGCGGUCGUAUAGCCCCCGGAAACAGUGUCUUCGACUCGCUAUUUCCCGAUAUUUCCCGGGCACCUGGUCCCAUUAAUCCCGAAAGGACACCCCAGUCACCGCAUCCGUCCGUUGGACCCCAACUUCCCCCAUUCCCCCUGCGUCCGAUACACCGUCUAAGCCCUAAGGAUAACACAGAGCCCUCCUGGUUUCCAGUGCAAGACCCGACGACCACCCAGAGAUCUGUGGAUCUACUGCCUCCGGCUGGUGGCGCUGGAACAGACUCCACCAUUGACGACUUCCUGGCCAGAGUGAACAUCUCUGUCGCGGAAAUCGAGGAGAAGAACGGGGAAUUGGUCAAGACGGUCGUGGAUAAGAACGGACGAGUGCUGACGGUAAGAUUUGUGCUUAGCACCGUCAAAGGAGACCCAGAGAAGCCCAAGAAGGAGGAGCCUACCAAGUAAAUUGUCCCUUUCUUAUUUGUUGCACUCUAGCAAGUAUAUAAUUCAGAAAUUGUGGAAUAAUACUUAAAGUAAACAAUUUAGAAAAAAUAAAUACGGUUUUUGAGUUCA